GGAGCAUUUCUCCUGUUGAGAAUUUGUAUACUGUGUGUCAUCAACCUUCUCUCGAUUUCAGACGCAUGCAGCUCUCUUUGACAUUUUACUUUCGUGUCCUGUCAUCUUCAUCGAACCCUCUUCGACGUGAGAUUAUUCCACUAAGUUUACAACGAUUAUAUGAUGCACGACCCUCAUAUAUACCACCUUUUAACUCUCGCAUGCGAUCACUCAUUCAGACAUUUGAUUUUUGUGAUAUACCAUCGCAAUCUGUAAAUUAUUUUCUCAUCCCACCAUGGACUAUUUCAUCAUAUUAUCUUGAUUGUUCAUUUGUGUCAUACAGUAAAUCUAAUGUCUCACCUAGCAUUUUUCAACAGCUGUUCACUUUCCAUCGUCAUCAGUAUAUACAAUACAUAGCAGUUUUUACAGACGGAUCUAAGUUCCAUGGACAUAUUGGUUGUGGGAUUGUUGUGGCUCAUAUUACUUACAGCUACGACAUUUCUGCAAUUUGCUCUGUUUUUACAGCGGAAGCAUUUGCUAUCCUUUUAGCUUUAAGACUCAUUUCUUCGCAUUCGGCUAGAAAAUUUUGUAUAUACUCGGAUAGUUUGAGUGUUUUAAGACAGUUAGAACAUGUGAGGAACGAAGCUCAUCCAAUUUUAAUUUUUAUUCAACAUAUAUUGACUUCUCUAUACAAGAAGGGCUUUAAAAUUUUAUUUUGCUGGAUUCCCAGUCAUGUAGGUAUUAAAGGAAAUGACAAAGCUGAUUCUGCUGCACGAUCUGCCUCUUCGCCAAUAACAUUAUCUGUCCCAUUUUCUGAUUUUAAAAACCACAUUCGCAAACUUGUUCAGUGUUUAUGGCAGCAAUACUGGGACCUGCAAGGCGAAAACAAAUUACAUUCUGUUAAACCUACUUUGGAGCCUAUGCGCAGGGCAGAUGUCAAACUCACCCGCUUGCGAGUAGGACAUACUCGACUUACCUUCAUUUGCUAUUUCAAGAACCUCCUCCCAAAUGCAACGAUUGCAACGUCUUACUCACGAUUCAUCACAUUUUAA